AUGCCGGUCAUGGUGAGUGCGCGCAGCCUUUGGCUUCUAGCACUUGGCGCUGGGGCAGCGUGCUUUCUGCAGGGCUGCUCCGAGUCGGGAGGCGAGUCCGCGCCCGAGAGCAUCAAGGGCACCGAGGACCUCAUGUCCCAGAAGGCCCAUGGCACCUGUGUCGGACCUCCGCAAAACCCGCUCCGCUGGGGCGCGGACUACGAGACGGCAGACCGCAUCAACUGCUUUAACCGGCACUAUGCGGAGUGGUCAGGAUCCUACCAGAGCACUGGCUUCCCUGACGCCCUGGCCGCAGCGGACGCGGCAGGCGACAUGAUCACCUUCUAUGACUCGAUCACAGGCAAGCCCCUCUUCAUCGCACCAAAGAGCCGCAGUUGGAACGACUUCGAUCGGGAAAGUACUUCGCAUGGCUGGCCGUCCUUCCGGGACGAGGAAGUCGUCCAGGAGAACGUGCGUGUGCUUCCGGAUGGCGAAGUCGUGAGCGUGGAUGGCACCCACCUAGGCCACAACCUGCCGGACGGCAAGGGGAACCGCUACUGCAUCAACCUCGUGUCCGUGGCUGGGAUGCCUCCGACGGACCGCUGA